AGGCAGGAUGACUGGAAUCUCACGAGUUACUGCACUGCUCAGGGCGAGACGAGAAUCAAGGACUCUGCUGCAGAGGAGUGUGGCAUUCUGACACACAUGGGGGAGCCGGUACCUGAACACCAGCUGUCUGAUGCAAUGAAAAUGGAGGCAAGUGGGGGCCUCCUUCCCUGUGUGGGACCAGACACUGGUUUGGCCAGCAGCAAAGAGACUAGUCCAAAUGAGCCCCACAGCAGAAACUCUGUGGUAAUUUGCCAAGCAGUUGGCCGAAGUAUCUUCACUUCCAGAGUCUCCACAGCAGCUGAGAGAGUUGGCUUCAUGCUGCAACAGCAGGAGGAGAAUGAUGCAAGCUGCCCGCUGUUAUUUAUACAGCUCAACGAGCUGCUCAACACGUCGGAGGGCCUGGAGUGGAAGCAGACUGCCAGAUGGAUUAAGUUUGAGGAGAAAGUGGAAGAUGGGGGCGAGAAGUGGAGCAAACCUCAUGUCACAACCCUUUCCUUACACAGUGUGUUUGAACUAAGAACAUGCAUAAAGAAAGGGACUGUCCUUCUGGAUUUAGAUGCUCACAGCUUUAAGCAAAUAGUUGAGCAGGUGAUUGCUGUUCAGAUUGAGGAGCACACCCUGAGACCAGAACUGAGGAAGAAGCUAACACAUGUGCUGCUCCGCAGACCCCAGCACCACACCACAAAGUCUGAGCUGAGGGCAGUGGCUGAGCUCACUGUUGCCUCCUGCAGAGGAAAAGCUAGUAACCUGACAAAUCGAGGAGCUGAUGUCUCAGAAACACCCCUUAAAGAACAGCUAAAAAAUCCGUUCAAGAAGAAGAUCCCAGCUGGGGCUGAAGUGUCGAACAUUCUUGCUGGAGAAGUCAACUUUCUAGAUAAGCCAUUUAUUGCCUUCAUCCGACUAAAGGAGGCAGUGGGACUUGGGGCCUUGACUGAGGUAGCUUUCCCAAGCAGGUUCCUUUUCAUCCUCCUGGGCCCCAGAGCCAAAGUGAAAGCUUACCAUGAGAUUGGAAGGGCCAUGGCCACGUUACUCACGGAUGAGCUCUUCCAGAGAGUUGCUCAUUGGGCUCAGGACAGAGAAGACCUCAUUGCAGGAAUUGAUGAGUUUCUGGAUGAGCUGACAGUGUUGCCUCCAGGCAAAUGGGACCCAACCAUCCGAAUCCCUCCACCAAAAUGCCUGCCCUCUCCACAUAAAAGGAUAUCUAUGCACUUACGGGAAUGGAAAUCUCACUGCAAUGGGAACCUAUGUGCCACUGAGGACAGACAUGCCCAUGGGCACCAGCAUGUCAGUGAAGAGCUAAAGAGAACAGGGAGGUUAUUUGGAGGACUGGUAAAGGACAUCCGAAGAAAGGCCCCUUGGUACUGGAGCGAUUUCUAUGAUGCACUGAACAUCCAGUGUUUUUCAGCUAUUCUCUAUAUCUACCUGGCGACUGUUACCAAUGCAAUUACUUUUGGUGGCAUGCUGGGAGAUGCUACAGAUAACAUGCAGGGGGUGCUGGAGAGUUUCCUGGGUACUGCCAUUGCUGGAGCUACCUUUUGCCUCUUUGCUGGCCAGCCCUUGACCAUCCUGAGUAGCACUGGUCCUGUGCUAGUAUUUGAAAGACUCCUCUUCUCUUUUAGCAAAGACUACAGUCUGAACUAUUUGGAAUUUCGCCUCUGGAUUGGCCUCUGGGUGGCAUUUUUUGGCUUGAUUCUGGUAGCUACUGAAGCAAGUUACCUGGUGCAGUAUUUUACCCGCUUCACUGAGGAAGGCUUCUGUGCCCUCAUCAGCCUCAUAUUCAUCUAUGAUUCUGUGAAGAAAAUGCUGAGCCUGGCUGAUUACUUCCCUAUCAACUGGAAUUUCAAGAUCAAUGACAUCACCCACUACAACUGCAUCUGCAAUUUAUCUGGCACAGGCAACUCCUCCAUAUUGAAUAAGACACUGCUUCCAGACCCUGACAGCCUUGGGGAGUACUGGGGUCUGGAGCCUGCAAACAGGUCCCAGCUGACGAAGAAGGAAUGUUUGCAACUAGGGGGCCACCUGGUGGGCACCAGUUGUAACUAUGUGCCUGACAUCACAUUUAUGUCCUUUGUCUUGUUCCUGGGGACGUUCCUCUGCUCCAUGACCCUCAAGCGCUUUAAAUUGAGCCGCUAUUUCCCCACAGCUCUGAGGAAGCUGGUGAGUGACUUCUCCAUCAUCCUGGCCAUUCUCAUCUUCUGUGGAAUCGAUGCUUGUCUUGGAUUAGAGACUCCCAAGCUCAUUGUCCCCAUUGAGUUCAAGCCCACCAACCCACAGCGAGGCUGGGUUGUAUAUCCUUUUGGAGUGAACCCCUGGUGGAUGUGCCUGGUGUCAGCAGUUCCCGCCAUUUUAGUCAUCAUCCUCAUCUUCAUGGACCAGCAAAUCACAGCUGUCAUCCUCAACCGCAAAGAGUACAAGCUGCAGAAAGGGGCAGGCUUUCAUCUGGAUUUGUUCUGUGUUUCUCUGCUGAUGAUCCUCACAUCUAUGAUGGGCCUUCCCUGGUAUGUGUCUGCCACUGUCAUCUCCCUGGCUCACAUGGACAGCCUGAAAAAGGAGAGCAUAACUUCUGCUCCAGGAGAACAGCCUAAGUUCCUUGGAAUCAGGGAGCAGAGGCUGACUGGUUUGGUGGUCUUUAUCCUCACAGGAACAUCUGUUUUUUUGGCACCUAUUCUCAAGUACAUUCCUAUGCCUGUGUUAUAUGGUGUCUUUCUGUACAUGGGUGUGGCUGCUCUUAGCAGUAUCCAGUUCAUGGACAGAAUGCAGCUCCUUCUUAUGCCAGCUAAGCACCAGCCUGACUUAAUUUACCUUCGUCACGUGCCCCUGCGCCGAGUCCACCUCUUUACCUUCAUCCAGAUGCUCUGCCUGGCUGUGCUCUGGGUCCUCAAGUCAACUGUGGCUGCCAUUAUUUUUCCAGUGAUGCUGCUGGCUCUAGUGGGGAUACGGAAGGCAAUGGAGUACAUCUUCUCCCUGCAUGACCUCAGCUGGCUGGAUGACAUCAUGCCUGAAACAGACAGGAAGGAGGAAGAAGGAAAACUGCCAAGAAGUCCAGAGGCAGAGGAGAGUGACAGUGAGGAGUCUGAAUUAAUGUACCUUGAGAAAGGACCAGAAAUCAAUAUCUCUGUGAAUUAGAGGAAGUGAGGCUCACCGGUGGGACAAAGUGAAAGGGAGUAUUUCCUGAUGGUCUUGCAUAUGCAGGAAGAAGGCAGCUUGCAUUCUGGGAGAAGGUCUCCAGAGCUCUACUGACAUCUCAGGUAUCAAGCCCAGCUGGUGCACAGGUGGUUUAUAGGAAAGGUGCAACACAUGGAAUGAAUGUACCACGAUAUUCAAUUUUAUGAACAAAACAGACAGGUAGUCUCUCUUUCGCACUAACUCUCUUUCAUAUCUCAUGAUGCUGGAUAGGACAACAGCAUUUCCAAAUAUUUGUUCUUCGUUGUCUCUAAUUGGAUACCAUUAGCUAAACCCUGUUUGCCACUGGGUAGCCCAGAGAAUCUAACAAUGUAUGAAAUAGGUGUCCUGUCUAUUAAACUGAUAUUCCUCUGUCAUCUCAAUCCCUUGGUUGUAAAUUCUCUAGCCUCAUUCAAUUAAAAUGAAACCAUGCUUUCUAAACUGAUUCACUCAUUCCCAUUGUAUUGUGCACGCAGGGGAAUAAGUAUUAGUGCCAGGAACAAUCUUCUCAGUGCAAGAGUCACACCAAGCAUUGUAAGUCUCUAACUGAUCCAGAAAUAGUCUCGAGCUCAAUAUGCUGUCUUGGAGCAUCUACAGUGCUAGAAGGUCCAGUUUCUCAAAGAAAAUAAAGGAGGGAGGUUAAACUCAUGCUCAUCUACAACUCAUGAAAAUCUUUCUAUCCAGUGUUUACAGCUCCAGACAGCACCAAGGCAUAUCUCAAGGGAAAGCCUUUGGAUCCUACCUUUCAGGAAAGAAAUCCUAUAACAUCUGUAACUCAGCACAGACAUAUUCCGUGGUCAAUAGAAGUGGCUAAAGUUAUAGAAUUUUACACCCUGGAUUGUGGCUUCUUCCUCUCUGAUAGGGAUGGUGUGCUCAUGAACACAAUAGCUUUCAGCAAAGAUGCUGGGAUGUGAUGGAAUGUGGCAUGCUGGGGGCAAUAAGUUACAUGUCUGUGUUAAAGACAAAAAAUCUGCAGCUUGCUCCAUUUUAUGCUGACCAAAGGCUAAGGAUAUUUUUACAGCAGGGGUGACCAACCUGUGGCAUGGGCAACCUCUGCGUGAGGCAGAUGAUAGAUCAAGGAGGGGACAGCCUGCAAGCAGAUAGGGUAGGAAACAGAAAGAAGAGCAGAAGAUCCAGUAGAGGAAGGGGAUUGGAGUGGCACUUGGGGAGAGUGUGGGGCUAAUUUGUGGCAUAGCUUCCAAAAAAGGUUGGCCUUUGCUGUUUUACAUGAAAAGAAAAUCCCUCUGUACUCAGGUGACUGUUUCUUUUGGUUUAUUUUUUUCAUGCUCUACAAUAGGAGUCAGUUCUAUAUGGAACUGCCCUCCUUUCGCCACAUAUCUCUAUCAUAUCCUGCUGAGCAGCGAGAUAAUAGUUUCUGUGAGGGCUGAGUCCUUGCUCCCUCAGGAUGGACCCACAUCUUCCUGAGGAUGGGGCUCUCUCUCACCAAUGCUUCUGGGACAGGCUGGGCCCCCCAGGCCCUAUCUCCAGAAAGGUAUGGGUCCAUUUUGAAGGAGCCCACAUGAGCUAUUCUCAUGCUGACACUGCCUAGUAGGACAUGAUAAAGGUAUAUGAUUAGGACCUCUCAUAGUGUCUUCUAUUGAGAAACAGACCCCUAAAGCAGAUUUCAGACUUUGUAGGAACAGGUGAAUGGGGCAGGUGUCAUCUCUCAAGACUGUUGUUUCAGGCUUUCUGCAGACUGAGGCAGAUUACUGCCACAUGAAUUACACUUAGGUCACAUUUUCAAGUUUUUCUUCUUACUUAGAAGGCUUGGAAACAUUUUUAAGGGCUUGGGGCCUUGCACACAGCCCUCUAGUGACUAUGGCCAUUUUUAUACAUGCUUUGGGACAUGGCAUCAGGCACUUUAAUUAGCGAGCCACAGUAAUUAAAAGUGCCUGCACAUCACGUGUAUCAGCAUUCCCACACGGAAAAAAUGGUGGCAGGGAGCUUUGAACUAAAAGGCAUCAAACAUGUUUUAUUUCAAAGUGCCCCACCACCAUUUUUUCAGCACCGAGACAUGUGGGGAUGCUGAUACACUGAUGUGGAAGGCUGCCAAAGCACAUCAAUUUCCGUGCUCCAGCAAACUCGAUUAAUCAAGUCUGCUCCAAUGCGCUGGAUUUCCAGUGCAUUGGGGCAGGCUCUGCUCAUGUCUAUAGAAGCCCUAUAUCUCAAACCAGCCCUGGCAGUGUGAAUCUUAAUGCUCCCUGGAGGUGUGAAAGCAAUUGUGUAAUAUUGUAGAUAAACCUUUUCACUUCCAAAAUGUGACCAGCUGGUGCCACUUUUGCUAUAGCCAUGAUGAGGUUGAACAUCUGUGCCUACAUUCCAGUGGCUUUGGAACUUCCCAUGAAAUCCAGAGGAAAGUACCUUUUACUCCACACUCUUCCCAGCCAUCUUCUGAUGAAUUUUAUUUUCUGCUACAUACUUAUUUGAAUAUGUAAAAAUAGAUUUAAUAUUUGAGACAAGCUACAAAAGUUAUUGAUAUCAUAACAUUCAAGAACAUUGAACACUGAACAGUUCUACAGGCCUAGUGAGAGGCAGAUUCCCACCUGCACUGGAACUGCAUUUGGCACCUCAAUUAAGAGAUGGGAUGCAGAAGUAACUUUUAUACCUCCCUUCAUGGUCUCUUCAUUCUCGAGGCUGUUAGGAUUCAAACCAGGCCUCAGCACAAAUUAAGGCAGCCUCAGGAUAAAUCCAACUUGUCUGGUACUUGAAGUUCACCAUAGGAUAGCUAACCAGUCCUAGUUGUUCCUUCCCAUCUCUGACUAGCCCUCCCAGGCCCCAGAAGAUAGGUCAUGAAGGACUGGCAUUAUCAAUUCCAUCCUACCUGAGGUAUUCCCUAUCAAUGGCUGCCAAAAGGUUUCCUUUGCACUUCUGGAAUUUCUCGAAAAAUUAAAUUAGCUUGUGCAGAACCUGGUUCUGGUUUUGAGCUAGCUCAGGAAUCUCUGUGCAGUUGUGCUGCACUACAUUGUCCAUAUACAUUAUAUAUAAUAGUGGCCCCUAUGGUAGUUCCUAGAUCAAGAUUCUCUCCUGCCUUUGAGAGGAGAGAACAAACUUAAACUCUGAAAGCUCUACAACACUUCUAAUUCUGCCUUGUUGAGCUGGGUUCAGUGGAAUCAACCCACUCUACGGAAAACACACCAGUCCUGCUUAACUGGUCUUUAUUUGGCCUGGAUUGCUAAAACAUGAAACAUUUUGGAUUAGAGAUAUUUUCAUAUAAAGAACAUUGUUACAAUUACUUUGUAAUGACAUUCAGUGGAAAGUUAAGAGUUAAUAAAAUAUUGAUGAACAACCUGACAAGUUUUUGAACCCAAGACAUUUGAAAUAUGGAGCAGACUGUCCAUUUGCCAGUGUUUAAAAAUCUGUUUCUUGAUCCUGUGAAUUGAAUAAAAGUGGAUGAGAAUGUUUCUGAAAAUUCCAGACUUUUUCCCCAUCCUGCACUGGGGUAAAACUGAUAUCUUUGAAAGUUUUCGUAAACAUUGAACAAGACAGAAAUAGACCUACCCACCCAUCUCAGAGUAUGGGAGUGACUCACCGUAGAUUGUGGGUUACUGAGGUUCAAAUAUUGCUCCCAAUGAGGCACCCUAAAAAAUUACAUAUACUGUAUCUCUCUACUGCAGUGUUUCCCAAACUUGAUACCUGAGGCACACUUUUUUCUGGAUUAAAAGUGGCAGGAUGAUUCACUUGUACACCCAAAAAAGUGUGUGUGUGUGUGUGUGUGUGUGUGUGUGUGAGUUCACAGGCCAGAUCUGGUCCACAAGCUUGAUCUCACCUUGUGGUCAGGGUCUGAUUCUGUUGGUGGCAGAAAAUGUGGAAAUUUGAUGUGGCAGAGAAGUAGCAGCAGUGUUAAUUGCCACCACUUCCCCACUGCCAGGUUUCCAGAUCCAUGGGGAGCCCUGCGGUCUGGCUGAUAUGGCUCUACAGGCCAGAUCUAACAUUGCUAGGGUGCAGCUACACAAGAUACUUUACUGUGCAGUAGAUUAGUCUACUGCUCAGUAACAUGUCACUGGCUAUAGAAAAUAAGUCUACUGCUCAGUAAUUUGUCACUGUGCAGUAGACUAAAUUUCUGUGCAGUUAACUUGUACCUGUAAAUGCAGGUACUAAAUGAAGUGUGCAGUAAGUACUGCUCGGUAGCACAUGUGUAGAUACUGACCGGGAGCAAAUUUGCUCCCCGUCAGCUAAACCACAAGGAGGGCAGCUUCCUGCCUGAGCCAGAGUCACAGGGCUGGGAGUUUAUCAUGCCCAUGGCAGGGAAGGCUU